GGAGGAGAAGAAGGCGGCGGCGGAGGAGAGCCGGACGGACGGGCGGAAGGCAGGCUGGGCCUGACGGCGGCAGAAGGAAUCCGAGGAAGGAGAAGAUGGCGGAUGGCGACAGCGGGAGCGAGCGAGGGGGCAGCGGGAGCGGCAGUGGCGGAGGCGGAGGCGGAGGAGGAGGAGGAGGAGGAGGCGGCUUCCAGGGACACCGCGGCGGCGGCGGCGGAGGAGGGGGCGGCGGGGGCGGCGGCGGCCCCGGCCCGGAGCAGGAGACGCAGGAGCUGGCGUCGAAGCGCCUGGACAUCCAGAACAAGCGCUUCUACCUGGACGUGAAGCAGAACGCGAAGGGCCGCUUCCUGAAGAUCGCGGAGGUGGGCGCGGGGGGCUCCAAGAGCCGCCUCACGCUCUCCAUGGCGGUGGCCGCCGAGUUCCGGGACUACCUGGGCGACUUCAUCGAGCACUACGCGCAGCUGGGGCCCAGCAGCCCCGAGCAGCUGGCGCAGGCCUCGCCCGGCGGGGAAGACGGCAGCGGCGGCGGCGGGGGGCCUCGGCGGGCCCUCAAGAGCGAGUUCCUGGUGCGCGAGAACCGCAAGUACUACCUGGACCUGAAGGAGAACCAGCGCGGCCGCUUCCUGCGCAUCCGCCAGACCAUCAACCGCGGGCCGGGCGGCGGAGGAGGCGGCGGCGGAGGGCCGGGCUUUCCCGGGGGCCCUCCGGGCCUGCAGAGCGGCCAGACCAUCGCGCUGCCGGCGCAGGGCCUCAUCGAGUUCCGCGACGCGCUGGCCAAGCUCAUCGACGACUACGGCGCCGACGAGGACGAGCUGGGCGGCGGCGGCGGCGGCGGCGGGGGUCCCGGCGGCGGCGGCGGCCUGUACGGCGAGCUCCCCGAAGGCACCUCCAUCACGGUGGACUCGAAGCGCUUCUUCUUCGACGUGGGCUGCAACAAGUACGGCGUCUUCCUGCGCGUCAGCGAGGUGAAGCCUUCCUACCGCAACGCCAUCACGGUGCCCUACAAAGCCUGGGCCAAGUUCGGCGGGGCUUUCUGCCGCUACGCCGACGAGAUGCGAGACAUCCAGGAGCGCCAGCGGGACAAGCUGUACGACCGACGAGCUGGGCCCGCCGGGCCGGGGAGCGGCAGCGGAGCCGGAGACGAUUCCGACGGAGACGAUGUAGACGACGACUGAGCCACUCCUCUCCUCCUCCUGCUUCCCCCCCCC